GUUAUUAAGGUGUACCAAUGAUUGUCUUGGAAUACCUUCCUAACGGAAAUCUGCAGACUUUCCUACGAAAAGACCGAGCUCGAAAUAAGGCAGUGUAUGGCAAUUUAUAUGGCGCCAGUGCUUCACUGACAUCACGAGAUCUGAUGAAGUAUGCUUUCGACGUGGCAAAUGGGAUGGCGUUUCUUUCUUCUAUGUCCAUACUGCACAGAGACCUUGCUGCAAGAAAUGUAUUGGUAUCUGACGACAAAAGAUGCAAGGUUUCUGACUUUGGUUUUGCUAGGGACGUGAUUGAAAGCCACCACUAUGAAAUGAAGUCACAGGGUCGUGUUCCAGUACGAUGGAUGUCUCCUGAAGCUCUGAAUGACCACAUAUUUACCUCCCAGUCCGAUGUCUGGGCGUAUGGUGUCUUGUUAUGGGAGAUUGUCACAUUGGGGUGUAUUCCUUACACCGGUAUGUCAGCUCAGCAAGUGAUGAGAAAGAUAACUAACGGAUACCGGAUGCCAAGGCCACAACAUUGUUCACAGGACAUGUAUACUAUCAUGCUGUCUUGUUGGGAGGAGGCACCGAACGCACGACCGUCUUUUAAGGAUUUAACAAGUUCAUUGAACGAAUUACUGGUUGCAGAUUACGACGUCUUGGCCUUUGGAGAGUUUGAGGAAGCAUUAUAUGAUAAUGUUGACAUAUAUGACAGUGACGAAAAGUGCUAAAUGCCUGAGUUAUCAAGAGAGCGAAUCAUUGAACAGAAUCAGUUCCAAAAAUGUGCUGAAAAUCAGCUUUCACAAUGCGUUAACUGACAUGACUAAUGCCUCGUCCA